CCUAGUGUUUAAUUUCAUUAUUUUAUUUAAUGCCUUUUAAAUUAUAAUGAAUGAUUGUGUGUACUGACAGCAUUCAUUUUGAGAAACUAUUCUAUAGUCUUGGGACCAUUAGACUCGAAUCAAUAACUAACUUACAUGUAAAAUGUAUCAAUUUUAUGUCAAAUUUAUUUAGAUUUUUGAUAGUGAUUGGCUGAAUUCACGUAAUAAUUUCUUAUUGUUGAAAGUAUCUAAAGCGAGGACGGGUUUAGGAGAGAAAAAGACAGUAAUGGGACUAUGUGCCAGCACAAGAACACAUAUCAAAUGGUUCCUCCACAUUUGGAAGGUGACUCACUGCAACGGUGAUUAUGAUAAGAGAGUCUACGGUGCUUUAAAUUCUGAUAUCCUCUGUUUUGAGUACUUGGAACUUGGAAGAGAGAGAGAGAGAGUCCUUUGACUGUCUUUUUUGUGUAUGCGAGAGAGAGAAGAUGUUGGAAGGGAAGGCUCUGAUAGAGGACACAGACAUGCCUGUGAAGAUGCAAAUCCAAGCCAUGGCUUGUGCUUCUGAAGCUCUGGAUCUCUAUGAUGUUUUUGACUGCAAAUCUAUUGCUGCCCACAUCAAAAAGGAGUUUGAUAUGAGAUAUGGGAAUGGAUGGCAAUGCGUGGUGGGUUCAAAGUUUGGGUGUUUCUUUACACACACUGAAGGAACUUUCAUCUAUUUCAAAUUGGAGUCUCUGAAUUUCCUCAUCUUCAAAGGGGCUUCUUCCUCCUCAGUAGUCUCUCCUUGAUACGUGUUUGGUUGCAGAGAAAGUUCGAGAAAGGGGAAAGGAAAUUGCAAGAAAAAGGAUAGAAGAAAAAGGGCAUUCCCUCUGUGUUAGUAACGAUGCAAGAAAUGGGAUCCUUUUGGAUUAUAUUCUCUAUAAGGAAUCUGUAAUGCCCAGAGGAGCAUUUCAGUGCCUCUUAUCCCUGUGUAUAUAUAUACUUUUCUUUAAUCCUUAAAAGUUUGGUAUUUUAUGUA